AAAUUGUAAGCGGUAAAGUAGAAUUGAUCGAAGCUGGAGCGUAUAAAGAAGUCGAUGUGUCUUUGAUGGUUCACCCAACGUGGAGAGAUUUAUUGGAUCUAGUUUAUCUAGCUGUAACAAGCGCGAAAAUCGAGUAUUUUGGGAAAGCGAAAAUUUCAACGUCCCCUUGGAAUGGUAGGAAUGCACUUGACGUUGUAGUUUUGGCUUAUAAUGGAAUUUCAUUGUUAAGACAACAAUCGCAAAUCAACAAUAGAAUUAGCAUGUUUAUUACUAAUGGAGGGAAAGUAGUCAAUGUGAUCCCCGAUUACACAUCACUUCAAGUCCAAAUCCGCUCCGAGAGUGUUUCAAUCUUGCAAGAAUUAAAAAGUGUUGAAAAUUGUCUCAAAUCUGCUGCGGACGCUACUGGAUGCACAUAUAAAACUGAGUGGGAUAAAGGAUGCUGUGAUAGACAUUUUGGUAAUGUGGGCUAUGAAGUUCCAAGUAUUCACGCUUUAUACAACAUCGGCACGACGCACAUUAUGCAUACACCCGAAUUUGCGAUAGAAGCUGAAAAAGUAGAGGCACAUCAUAGAACGUUGCGUGCUGCUACAUGUUUAGCAUUGACUGCGUUGGAUGUGUUGGUUGAUGACCAAUU